CUAGAUGGUCAGUCUUGAUACAAGAUUUGCAGUUCAAAUUAGUACAAGCUGAGCUUCCUUUCAGUCUAAAAUGCGUGUAGCGCUUUUCAUAUCUUUUGUUUUCGCGGCGUACGGAAGCAUUGCCGCCUACCGACGUCCGGCAGAAGGGUACGGUUUCCAUCCGUAUGGCAAUAACCCAGCCCAGCAGGAGGCGGAAGCACAAGCUCGCCAGCAGCUUUUCUGGGCGAUAAGGGACCUACUGACGGUGAAUUUUCCGAGGAGCACCGUAAGUGUAACGUCCACCUCAACAGUCGACAUGAUAUGCACAAAAUCCGUGGCUAGGAUUUGUCGCUCUAAUCAAGUACCUUUUUUGCGAUCUCCAACGUCAACAGAGAACUCUGAAAGAAUCGAGGCAGGUGAAGAAGGCGAAGAACAAUUUCCCGUAGUUCCUACUGCCGUUCAACAAGUGGAAGCUACGGCACUGCCAACCAAACAGGCUCGUGCUGCCGACCCGCAAUAUUUCGUGAAUCCUCGGGCAUACGAAAAUCCACUUCGAAAUGUCCAGUCGGCUUUCUACAGCGGACCUUACGAUCCGCUUCCGAUGCCGUUAUACGAUAGAUACCAACAACCGGUUGCUGGCCAACGUCAGCUUUUCAGCGGGUUGCUGACGGCAACAGUGACGGUGUCAACUAAUCUCAAAAUCAACACCAUCACGAAAACCCCAAGAUGUUCAACAGCCGGACCCUUACUCCAAUGCCCGAACGCUUAAUUAUUUAAAAGAUUUAGUUAACAAUACUGUUUGUCUUAUUUAUCGCAAUUGGAAAUACAACGUAAUUGGUUUAUUACUUAUCAACAUUAA